AUGGGUGCUCUUGAGAGGCUAAAGACUCUCAAAGCUAAUUAUAAACUGUCUAUUAUUAUAUUGCUAGAACCUGUUUUGCAAGAUCCUCCUCAAAUUGGUCUUGCGGACAGUGUCAAAAGACAACUGGGUAUGGAUCAUUGCUACUGCAAUAUGAAUAACAAGAUAUGGAUCUUAUGGAGUAAUAGUUAUGAGAUUGUGAUUAUUGAUGACUGUGAUCAAAUUGUUUCUGCUAGCGUUAGAGGUCUCAAUAAUAAUGAGCUGGCUUUUUUAUCUGCUGUCUAUGCUAAAUGCGAUAGUAAUCUCAGACAAGAACUAUGGGAAUCUAUUGAAAGUUUCUCUUCAGAUUUAAAUGCUCCAUGGGCUGUUUUAGGGGAUUUUAACGUGAUUGUCGAAGCUGAUGAAAAAAAAGGGGGAAGACCCUUCAAUAUUUCUGAGAGCUUUGAUUUUCUUAAUUGUAUGGAGGAUUCGGGUCUUCAAGAUGCAGGCUUUCUAGGAUCAUCCUACACUUGGUGUGAUAACAGAGGGCAGAAUGCCAUUUGGAAGAGACUAGACAGAGUCCUGAUCAACGCAGAGUGGACUUCUUCUUUUGAUUUUACUACAGUUAAUCAUCUUCCAAGCACUGGUUCUGAUCAUGCUCCUUUGUUGGUAAACUGUCAAAAAGAAGAUGGCAAUCCUAUUAAGUUCUUCAAAUUUCUCAAUCUUUGGGUUGAUCAUUCAGAUUUUCUUAAUGUUGUCCAACAAGCUUGGGAGGAGAACAUUUAUGGAAAUCCUCUAUGGAUCCUUCAUCAGAAAUUGAAAAGAACUUCCAAGGUGUUGAGUGUUUGGUCAAGGGCUACUUUUGGAGACAUCUAUGAGGAAGUGACCAAGAUGGAGAGCAAAAUUGCUGAUCUAGAAAAUAACCUUCUAGUUGAUAACUCUCCUAAAAAUGGAACUCUUCUUAAUCAUGCCAAUGCUGAAUACAUAAUUGCUCUUAAAAGAAGGGAUUCUUUGCUGAAACAAAAGGCUAGAAUCAAGUGGCUAGCUGAGGGUGAUGUUAACUCUGCCUUCUUCCACAACACCAUCAAGGGAAGAAGAAGGAGACUCAGUAUACACCAGAUAAAAAAUAGAGAUGGUGAUUGGAUUUUUGGUAAUCAGGACAUUGCUAAUGCAGGCAUUCAACAUUUCCAAGAGCUAUUCAGUUCUUCAGAAGGAGACCCAGAUCAUCCUAUUUUGGAUCUCAUAUCUCCCAUAGUUACUAAUCAAGAUAACAUUGAGCUCAACUCCAUACCUACUAUCCAACAGAUAAAGGAAGCAGUUUUUUGUUUCUUUUUUUGUGCUGAGGAAAGAGGGAAGGAGGAGCGGGAGAGAGAGAGGAACGAGGGAACAGGUGUGGGGGACAAGCGGGGAACAGGGCGUAGUGGGGGAGGCGGCUAG